CCGCAACUCUUCCCUAGUUAUAUCAGUUCAGACUGACCCCACGAUACCACGGGUGACAAAUUCCUGCAAGCAGGGCGAACGACUGCGGGAUGGAAAGCCCCGGCAGUGAUUUGGAUCCAUCCACAACAUUCAGUCCCUCUGCCAUAGCGAUCGAGGAUCCUUGGGAGAGAGUAAAAGAGGAUCGACGCGAUCAAGAAUCGAAGAGGAAAGCUGCGUUGGAAAGACUGCGGCGCCCAUACUCCUACGCUGCGUACAAGAAAGCUCACCCCCAGAGUGACCUGUGCGAACGUUGUGCUGGCAUCAAUUGGUCACGUCUUCUUACCGACAGGGUUUUCGAUGUUCGCGCACCGAUCGAUUUGAAAUUGAUCUGCUUCCCCGAGACAAGUCAAAACCUCUCGGUAUCGUCUUGUUCAUUGUGUCGGCUGCUGAGCUAUGGAGAAGGCUUCGACGAGAGUCCUAACCGGUUUGUCUCUGUGAGGUGUAUUCGGGAUCGUCUUGAUCUUUAUUCCUCUGUAGACCAUUCUAUACACCGAACUUGCAAUGACCCUACGCAAUGCAGGCUAGUCAUUAGCUUUAAAGGGGGCCACAGAGAAGGGAAAGAAUAUCGCGAAUUCGCAUUACAACAGCUAUACCACACUGAAGAUGACUCCUUGCUCCGCAAGCUCGACACUGUAGCCAUUGACUAUGAUAUCCUUCGGCAUUGGCUUGAGUGCUGUAAAGAGCGGCAUCUCACGCACACCAAGCGUAGUCACUAUUCAUUCAUAUCGGGACUCAGAGUCGUUGACUGCACCACUGGAAAGGUUGUCGCUGCACCAAAGGAUGCUAUCUUUCGUUACGUAGCCUUGUCAUAUGUAUGGGGUGGCGUACAAGCUACGGGAAAAGAUCAAGUUGAUCAUCCAGCCACGAUCAGUGAUGCCAUUACCGUCACAGUCGAAUUGGGAUACAGAUAUCUUUGGAUUGACCAACUUUGCAUCAACCAGCUCGACGAGAGUCACAAAACGGCUCAAAUACAGCUCAUGGGCCGAAUCUACGCUGAGUCAGAGCUGGUUAUUAUUGCUGCAGCCGGCGACUCGUCCAACUAUGGACUACCAGGUGUUAGCGUUAGACCUCGAGAAGCACAACGAACACAAGAAAUAGAUGUCGAUGUUCGAUUGAUCGAAUUCCUGGAUCCAUUCAUGGCGUUGAACAGAAGCACUUGGGCAAAGCGAGGCUGGACCCACCAGGAGGGUUUUGUUGCAACACGUGGACUCAUCUUCACGAACAAUGAAGUCCUAUACGUGUGUGAUGAAGCAUGGUGGCAAGAGUCCGUAGAAUGGCCGCCCAUAGAACAUCGUCUCGCUGAUCUAGGCGCCAUCAAUCCAUGCUUUCCGCAGGGUUACAACGCGCGGUCCGCAGUCUAUGAGGUUCUUUCUCACUACUCGACAAGGGAUUUGUCUUUCGAGAGCGACAUCCUCGACGCCUGCACUGGAGUGCUCAAUAAGCUAGCGGACUGUCACUAUUGGGGCAUGAUAGCGCUACACUAUCAUUCGAACAUGCAUAGCGUACUCUGUCUGCGGUGGCAUAGCUUACAUCCUGGACAACGCAGGAAGGGCUUCCCUACUUGGUCUUGGGUAGCGACUACCGGUUCCAAAAGGAUCCUACCCGCUUUGGACUUAUACGACUUAGGUUAUGCUACCUACGUACGCACAAUUGAUGGAGCUUGGUCACCUCUGGAGAAGCAGCCUGACACUCGAACUGAUUGUUUGCCCGCAGACUCUGGCCCUACAUUACGGCUUACUGGCACCUUUUUCACAGCCUCAUUGAUCGUAACCUCAACGUCUGACGAGCUGGAGACAGAUGAAGAUGAACAAGUACAAAGAACAUUCGUCGCCUUUGAGCACGCCCCUGUCGAUGGCGAUGAGGUUCAGAUUGUCUUCAAUCUAUGGCUUGACACAGAGAUCGCAUACUCAGACUCGGUGAAGGCUGUAAAAGCAGUACCGGUUGCUAGUACAUUGGGGCAUGAUUGCGAUUGGAAGUGCCAUGAGCCGCCCGAGUUCAUGAUAAUUCAGGCUGUAGGAGAUCAUUACAAAAGAAUUGGGAUUGCGCGAGGUGGCUGUUGGCUUCAAACAAAGGCAACCAGGCUAUACGAUGAGAACUCCAGUGGUUUUGUAACGCCACAUCCAGACUGCAGAGGCCAAGAGGAAACUGUCUACAUAGAGUGAGUUGGACC